AUGGGAAACCCCUCCCCUCCUCGAAAUAUUGUGGUGGGUUCCCGACCCCAGUUCGCGGUUCCCUGUGAAGAAGGAACUUAUCAGAAUUACCGAGGAAAGGACUUUUGCUACCCCUGCGAAGAGGGAUUGUACUGUCAAGAAGGAGCAAGUAAAGGAGUGCCUUGUCCAACUGGCGAGUUUGUAAAUGGAACGGUCUGUUCUCCAUGCGAUCCCGGACAUUACUGCUCUUUUAAAAGUACCAGCAUGACUGAAUGUCCCCCUGGCACUUUUCGUAAUGAACCCAAAGCUUCUGCGAGAAGCGAUUGCAAGAGCUGCCCGAUCGGUCAUUACUGCCCCGAAAGCUCCGUCGAUCCUACAAAAUGUCCAAAAGGCACUUUUCUUCCGACAGAAAGAGCAAAAAGCGUGGACGAGUGCAGAACUUGCGGGAAAGGAAAAUACUGCCCUUCUAACGAGAACAUCACAUCCACCGAGGAAAUUCUCUGUCCUGCGGGAACGUUUAACGACGAAAAAGGAGGACAAACAAUUGAAGAUUGCGAAGUUUGCCCGAUGGGAUUUUACUGUGGCGAGGGGAGCAAGAAUCCGAUAAGGUGCCCGAGUAAGUUUUAUAGCAUGAAAACUGGCCAAGCAACUUUUGCAUCGUGUAAAAAACUUGACAAUCUUAUUGAAUGCAAGGAAGAUCAUAUUUUGGAAGGAUGCAAUUGCGUUCAUACUUUUGAGGGUUUCGUUUUCAAAGAUGGAAAUCAUACUUGCACAAAAAUCGACGUCUGCAGUGAGCGUCAUAACAUUUGCCUGGGAAACGCGAUUUGCAAUCUAAAUCCAGUCGAAUGGCUUCCUUACUGUACGUGUCCGGAAGGAUACUAUCUUGACGAAAUAGGCAAGGUAGUUUGUUUGGAUACAGAUGAAUGCGAAAACCGAUUACUGAAUACAUGCGCACAAAAAUGCAUUAAUACCGAUGGAUCGUAUUUGUGCGAGUGUGACAUUGGUUUCUCGACAACAGAUGAUGCCAGAUCAUGCACGAAGAUAGUGAUAGAAGUUGAUGACUUUUCAAUGACUUCAGAAUCAUCAGAUGAAGAAAAAGACGCAGUUGUUUUCGAGAAAUCAGAAGAAGUAGCGAAAGAACUGAAUGAAAAAGUCGCUUUAGUUCUAGCGCAAAGUGAAACUGUUCUAAAAGAAGUCGAUAACGCCGAAAUCAAUGACAUCGCUUCCGCUCAAGACGCAGCGCUCAAAGUCGCUACAGUGCUGGAGUCUUUUCAGGUCGUCACUGCUGCGUCACACGUAAAGGAAUCUUCUGACUCUGAUGGUUUUGCGGAGAGGCUGAUGAAGUCGGAAAUCAAAAAGGAAUAUGAAAACUCGGGGGCUAAUGAAAAAGCGCUUGAGGCAAAGAAGCUUGUUGAAAGUGCAGUUGAGAAAACUAUUGCUUUGCUCGAUACUCAGCCGGAAGGAACAAUGAUUGGCAAUUCUUCUGAUGGAAUGAUGUUCAUGAAACUUGGCUCCAAGAAAUUAAGAUCAGGCGCUCCGGUUAACGUUUUUGCCCUCGACGAUGAUGCGACAGACGAGCCAGUUCUUGGUUUACAAACACCAGAUGGGGACAAACCGCUUUCAUUCGCAGUUAGAAACUCAAAACCACCGAAUCUUGUUUCAAGAGCACUAGCGGACAAAGAGUUCACAUCGAUCAAAAUUGAGAUCCUAAAAUCAACCGACUUUUACGUCAAUUUCAAAACUGAUGCUCUCUCAAUGAUGGUUUAUAUCAACUACGGAUCUCCUCCGAAUCCGGAAUUUUUUGUUCACGAGUUCAAACUUGCCCUACCAGCUACUACUCAUGACGAUGUGAAUAUUCCUGCGCUGACAACGGCGGAAUGUAAUGUUGUUGAUCAGAGCGGAACUCAUUGUGAAGAAUCAACUGGCAAUAAAUUUGGACUUCGACUGCCAAAAAAUGAAAUUGAUAACUGCAUGAAAAAGACCAACUCUCCGAAAUGCUUUUUAUUCGUCGGCGCUAUGGUGACUGACAUCAAGGUUAUAAAACCCACCGAGGUUAACAUCACUUACACUACAGCUUCCUGUCAGAUCCUUGAUUCUGCUGCAGGCACCUGGGACUACGAUACUUGUCAAGUCAAUCCAUUCGCAACGACAACAGAAUUGACCAGUUGUGACUGCGGAGAAACAUCGGCAGACGUAAAAGUUUCUACAAAAGUGUUUGCUCCUCCAUCGACAAUCGACUUCAGCAGUGUUUUCAAAAACGUGUGCAUGGACUGUGCAAUGCCGAUCAUUCAGUUUGUCAUACUCAUGGUGGGAGUUUGGGCGGCCAUGUGCAUCUGGUCUCGAAGAAACGAUGAAAAGGACCUUACUCAGCUCAAGUUGGUAGACUUGCGAUCUUAUCACAACCGGUACAAUCUGCAUCAACAGGACUAUCUUAUUGUCGUCCGAACCUCGACUCACGCGUCCAUUGGCAUGAAAAAUCCGCAAACUGGCUACAUCUCGUUCCACAUAAAAUCCACUUAUGCAGCGAGUGAUCUAGAGCGCUUCCUUCAUGGAGCGUUUAUCCACAGAAGUUAUUCGCUGCUUUUGCCGGAAGGGAGCAAUUUCACUCCAGGAAGCGAACAAGCGUUUUUGAUCAGAAGUAACGCGCCUCUAGAAGAAGCACAUCGAGUGGAGCUCUGGGCGAACUUCGAAGGAAUGGACAUUUCCUGGAGACCCGAAAGCGUCAAGGUUUAUAUUCCACGAUCAGAAUCAACCACAGGAAUUCCUGCAUUUGGUUCUAUCAAGAAACAAUUCGAGAAGGUCAACCAAUUCAAACUUUCCGGAAAGAUUGGAUUGUCAGAAGAAACAGAAAUUCUCACCGCACCGAGUAAGAAGCUUUUGAAACAAUUGAACAUGGCGCCGAAAGAAAAUCUGAGUGCGAAUCCGAUCACGAUUCUCAAGAAAAACUUCCACAUUGAGAACAUCAAAAUAGCGAUAUUUUCAUACAGUCCUUGGGCAUUCUGUAAUCGUUCCGCCAAGACGAUGAUAGUGCACGCUACUUUGUCGGUUGCUUCGGUGGCGAAUAUGAUGUUUUACCAGACGCCGAAAACGACGCCGAUCGAGAUAGGGCCAAUUCAGCUUGAUCCACAAUCGUACUUGGUCAAUCUUUAUGUUACCUCACUGACAGUAACAACAACUUUGGUCUUCACUUGGGUUUUUCAGAACACAUUACCAUCUUCUCUCCAGGGAGCUUCGGGGGCGGACAACUUUAACGUUGGGCGCUCUAGAUGGAUGAGACCGUUCGCUUACAUUCUCUGCACUCUUGUAAUUCUGACUUCGUACUUUUUCACGAUUCUUUACGGAUUACAGCUGACCAAGGUCCCCGUUCAAAAUUGGGUUGGAAGUCAAAUCCUUGGCAUCAUCACGGACUUCCUCGCUGGCCCCGUUUUAAUCGUGCUUUUGAAAGGCUACAUUUCGUACUUUUUCGGCUUCAAAAGGAAAAGCCAGGCCAAGUAUUUCAUCCACGACCCGUCUGGAGUAAAGCAUGACUCGUUUGAAGUUUCAAUUGCAAAAAUAACGCAGAAACCGUCGGAAAUCAAUGAUGCCAGAGCAACAAAGGCUGCAAGAAUCGACAAACAGUUCAAAAAAUCAAUUCAUCAGACUUUCAGGAUGAUAAUUAUGACUUUAAUUACUACAGCGCACGAGGUAUUCCCAACCGGUCACCCAUCCGUAUACUUUCUGCUUUCUCGAAGCUUCAUUGCAACUGAAAAGUUCGAAGUCGAUAAAAACCUGCGCUCCCGCUUUCGCUCUGACUUUACCGAGAAUAUCGUCACCGUUGAUGAAAUUUGGUCGGUUGUCAACGAUUUCAAAAGGGUCAAUUUUGCGAAUACAAGUUACGACGGGAAGUUGUUGUCCGCAUUUGAAAGGCGAAAAGCUAGUGACAAGAUAUCGCUGCGAGUUGGACCCGCUCGACUGUUGCAGACAAGAAGACAAGGAGGCAAUUAUGCGCCAAAGUGGGUUCCUCGAAGUAUUGAAGAUAUGAAGGAAUACGAGAAGGAGUCACCGUUCCUAAUUCCGUGGAUCUCAAGCGAGAGCCAAGUUCCUGAAGAUUACAUCGAGCUCAUUCCCACCUCAAUAACCGAGCAUCGAUACGAAGCCGAGUUGGGAGUCGACUUGAACUCUUGCGAACUGAUCAUCGAGGAGCUGCAAUCAAGUGCUUGGAUCGACAACUCAACGUCUUUCCUCAUGAUCGAACAAACUUAUUUCAACGGAAACAUCAACAUUUUCGCGCAACUCCGAUUAACCUUCGAAAGAGCCCCAGGUGGCGGCUACACUCCGACACUCUCGAUCAACCAAUUCGUCUACACGUUUGGCUCACAGUCCAACAUUUAUUUCGCAGCGUACUGUGUUUUUGCGAUCCAGUUCAUUUUAAAAUUGAUCUCGUUUAUUCGGAGAAUAUAUUCAAAGAAAUUCGACAAAAAAUUGUUCGCGAAUACGGUCUUUGUUUUGAUGGACAGCCUGAUGAUCUACUUCUUUAUCAGUCGAUUGCUCGUGACCAAGGAAGCGGUCCGUCUGUACUCGAUCAACCCGAGACAGCGUCCUCCUUUCGACCAAGUUUUCAUUUUACAAACUUAUUGCUCGGUAACGAUCGCCCUUGCGCUCUUUUUCAACUCAUUCCAUGUUAUAUUCGUGCUCACUGGCCUCAACAUGGUAAAGAUUUACUUCGAUGUGAUUCGAAAAGUUGUCAGAAAAUCCCUCGGCCUCGCGUGUUUCAUGGUCCCUAUUACUGUCGCCUUCGCUCUUAUCGGGAUGGCUUAUCUGAACUCAUACAGCGGCCGUUUCAAAUCUUUUGGCGACAGUGUCGUUUCUUUGAUGGUCUUUGGCUACCUGAAACCGAACGAUCUCAAACCGAUCGUGGAAAAAGGCGAAGCUGUUUUCUUCCUUAGGAUCUACCACAUUGGAUAUCUGAUUGUUGCGAUUUUCGCAAUCGUUAAUUUUAUCAUUGUAGUCAUCAGCGAUGCAGAUAAUCGGGCUCGACAAAACAUUCGACCGGCUGAUCAGCUCCAAUAUAUUCUGACAAUGCUGAAGCUCAAGUCUGAAGAACUGACAGCAGAGAGUCGAAAGCAAAAGAAAUACGACGACUUCAUCGCUAGGGCAAGAGCUGCGAUGAUUUACAAUCAACCCCUCUCUUCUGAUCGGCGCUUGACUGAAAUCCUUUCCUAA